AUGUCCGUUUUCCCAGAAGAUCAAAACCAGUCAAUCGUUAAUGAAUCUGCAUCCACCAUGUUGUCAGUUUCUGAAACUGAUAACGGUGUAGAGACUGCUGUUACUACUGAAGAAACUGCUUCUGAAGAAAAGCCUGCUCCAGUGCCUGUUCCUCUUCCAUCCUUGAAAGAUUUACCUUCUUUGGGUUCCAAUUCCAUAUUUGCGAACUCUAAAGUUACCUGGGGUCCAAACAUGCAACCAUCUCCUCCAAUCUCAUGCUCUCCAUCUUUGUCUUCCUCUCUUUCUCCAUCUCCAGUUAGCGGUGCUAAACGUAUGCGUUCAAAAAAUAUCCAGGAAUCUUUCACUUUGGAUUUACAAUCUCAAUUAUCCAUUACUAAACCUGAAUUGUCUCGUAUUGUUCAAUCUGUUAAGCAAGCUUACAAUGUGUCCGUCGAGUCUACUUUGUCUAAGAAUUCUCGUACUUUCUUGAUCUCUGGUGUCGCUACCAAAGUACAAGAUGCUAAGAGAGAUUUAGUUAAACAAUUAACCAGACCAAUUGAUGAUGUCAUGACUGUUCCAGCUAGAUGUAGAGCUGCUAUCAUUGGUUCUGGUGGUAAGACAAUUCGUGGAAUCUCCGAACAAUAUGAUGUCACAAUCAAUUUGGCUAGAGAAAAUAAUCCUGAUUCAUACGAUGAGGAUUUGAACGAUUUCACUGCAAAUGUUAACUUCCAUGGUGAUUUUGAAUCUGUGAAUAUGGCCAAACGUAGAAUCGAAGAAAUUGUUAAGGAAGAAACUAAAACUUUAAGUUUGAGAGUUCCUGUUAAAGAUGAAAAAAUUAUUCCAUUUAUCGAUUUGUCCGCUAUUACUGUUCCUGAAGGUGUCAAAUGUAACUUCUACCGUGAUACUGCUGAAGUGAACAUUUCUGGUCCACGUGAUGAUGUUAAAGCCACUAAGACUGGUGUUCAAGAUUACUUGAAUCAAUUAUCUUCCACUUUGACUGAGGAAAAGAUUAAGAUUCCAACUAAAUUCCAAUUCUUAAUUGAUACCAAGGCCUUGAAAAAAGAGUUUAAUGUUAUUGUUACUUUCCCAUCUGAUCCAACUGAUGAAUUAGUUUCAUUUGUGGGUCAAAAGGACAAAGUUACUGAGGCCAUUGCAUUUGCCAGAGCCAAUUCCAAGACUUUCACUGUGGAUUCUCUGGAUAUUUCAAAGUCACAUAGUAAGAAUUUAGCUCAUGCUAAAAACUUAGCCUUGUACUUCACCAAGUACCCAGCUUUGAAAGACAUCAAGGAGGCUUAUCCAGAGGUUAAAAUUGUGUUACCUGCCCCAUCAUUAUUAAAGGAUGCGGCUAGUGUUGUCAUCAAUAUUAGCGCUAAAUCUGAAUCAGCUAAUGAAAUCAAAUUUGCUCGUAAGGAAUUAAUUAACUUUGUUAAUACCAUUACUCCAUUAGAUACCCUAACCAUUACUGAUUUGGAUUACGAAUUAUUCCAUAAGUCAAUCAAGAGUACUCUAUUGGCUACUGAAGACAAGGUUCCAUUUAUUCAAUUGGGUGAUUAUUUCCCAGGUAAUGAUUCGAUUGUAUUAUUCUAUAGUUCUCCUGAAGAAGAUUUCAAGCCUUCAGCCGAAGAAAUUAAUGCUGAACUAGAAAAGGUCAACGCUUCUUUGGAACCAUUACGUGCUAAAUUGAAUAAAAUGACCAACAAGGUCUACACUUUGGAUGCUAAGAUCCAAGAUGACUUAUUGAGUCCAUCUAGUGCUACUCUACAUUUAAUUCUAGAAGAUGUUUCCAAGGAAGAAGGUAAUCUUCAAAUUAAAUUGCAUACUCCAGAGGCCAACAAGGUCACUAUUAGAGGUGAUGAUAAAGCAGUUAAGACUGCUAAUAAGGCAUUGACAAGCAUUGUUGAAAAUCCAACUAAAAAGUCUAAGAUUACUGUUGAAGUCGCCAGUAAUUCAAUUGCUAGACUAGUAGGUACAAAGGGUUCUAACUUGAAUGAAAUUCGUGAAAAAUUUGAUUGUCAAAUCGAUGUUCCAAACCACGACGAAAUUAAGGACAAAACCGCUGAAAUCGUCUUGACUGGCCAAGAAUACAAUUUAGAACAAGCUAAGAAAUUCAUUGCCGCUGAAGCUAAGAAAUGGGCUGAUAUUGUUACCAAAGAAUUAGUAGUUCCUCAAAAAUACCAUGGUAGUCUGAUUGGUGCUAACGGUGUCUACCGUAACCGUUUACAAGAUAAAUACAGUGUUUUCAUCAAUUUCCCAAGAGAUAGUGACAUUGUCACUAUCAGAGGUCCUUCCCGUGGUGUUAAGCAGGCUUUCACUGAAUUAAGUGCUUUAUUGGAUUUUGAAAGAGAAAAUGGUUAUAAGAAAAUCGUUGUUGUCCCAGCUGAACAUGUACCAAGAAUUAUCGGUAAAGCUGGUGCCAAUAUCAAUGAUAUUAGAGCAGAUUUCGGCGUCGAGAUGGAUUUCUUACAGAAGAGUACUGAUCCAAAGGUUCAAGAAACUGGUGAAGUGGAAUUAGAGAUAACUGGUACUAGAGCUGCCAUUAACGAGGCUGCCAAUAAGGUUCAAGAAAUUAUUGACGAAGCUGCUGAUUUUGACAGUGAAACUUUAUCUGUUGCUCGUAAAUAUCACAGAAUUAUUGUUGGUUCUGGUGGUCACAACUUAAGAGAUAUAAUUUCAAAGGCCGGUGGUGAUGAUAUCAGAAACAAAAACAUUGAUAUUCCAAACGCUAAUUCUGAAAGUGAUGUAAUAACUGUUCAAGGUCCAAAGAAAUUUGUCGCUAGUGUCUUGAAGCAAAUCAACAAGAUUGUUGAAGAUGGUGAAAACAGUGUUACCAAGACUUUGGAAAUUCCAGAAGAAAGACAUGGUGCUUUGGUUGGUCCAGGUGGUAUGAUUCGUCGUCAAUUAGAAACUGAGUUCAAUGUUAUUUUAGAAGUACCUCAUAAAAACGAAACUGGCCCAGUUAGAAUAACUGGUUUACCAGAAAAUGUUGAAAAGGCUGAAAAGAAAAUUUUGACUGAAAUUGUUAGAGAUAGUUUCGACCGUGAAUUAUCUGUUCCAGCCUCAUUGCAUGAAUUUGUUUCUGAAAGAGGUGCUUUCACUCAAAAGUUAAGAAUUGAGGAAUUUGUUAAUGUUAAACAUGGAAACGCCUCCAGAAGAGCAACUCGUUUAAACCGUUCCAAUGUUGUCAUUCCUGUUGAAAAGGUCCGUCCUGCAACUGAAGACGAAAAGAAGGAACAAUUCAGAGCUGUCAUUGAAGAAGUUGGUGAACCUCGUAAUGAUAAAGAAGAUGGUGAUAUUCCAUGGAGAUUAACGUAUGAGCCAAUUGAUUUCAGUGAAGUUUUAAGUGAAGAUUCAGAUGAAACUAAGGAGGCUACACCAAAGGUAGAAAUUGAUGAAGCCAAGAAGGAAGAAACAUUAAAUAAGGUUGUUAAAAUGAUUGAAGACAGGGUUGCCAAGGCUGCUUCUUCAACUUUUGCAGGCUACAUUUGGUGUGCUGAUCCAAGAAAAUUCAAUAAGGUUGUCGGUCCAGGUGGUUCUAACAUUAAGAAGAUCAGAGACGCUGCCGAUGUUAUUAUUAAUGUCCCAAGAAGGUCUGAUAAAGUCAAUGAUGUUAUCUAUGUUAGAGGUACCAAGGAAGGUGUUGAAAAAGCAGAAGCACUUAUUUUGCAAGCUUUGAAGCAUUAA